AUGGCGGAUGCAGAUACUGAACGCAAAAUCUUCUCUUCUUUCGAGAGAUAUGAAGAAUUUUCAGAAACUCAGACUGCACUUCUUCAAAUGGAUCUCACUAAAGAGCCUUCAAAGGACGAACAAGUCGAAGAUCACACACUUUACCAGAAGCUCGUAAAUACCCUCGAUGAAUAUCAGGAACAGUCGUAUCUCCUUGACCCUUACCUUGAGAAACUCGUAACUCCGGUGGUCGAACGUUUAAGAUCUCAUGCAAAAGAGUUUUUAUCGGAUCGUUCUCAUCGUGGAUCAGAUUUCAGGAUGUGGCGGCUUUCAAUGCUCUUGUAUAGCUACACAAAAUGUAGGGGUUACAAGACAAUCAUCAGGUUCUUUCCUCAUGAGGUUGCGGAUUUAUGGAUCGUGCUAGGAUAUCUCGACGCGGAAAACAGUUGCGCUCAAAAUCCAGAACAAUGGGCACUGCGCUACGUGCUACUUCUGUGGCUAUCAUUAGUGUGCAUGCUUCCCUUCCAUUUGUCUCAAUUCGACGAGAGCGAAAAUGGCCACACAGCGAGGGUUAUAGAACAUACCACCAAAAGAUAUCUCUCAAAUGCAGGUUUGGAGCGCGAGGGAGCUGCUAUUGUGUUGUCGCAUUAUUAUAUGAGACAAGACACAUCCCAGCAAUUCGUUGAAUUCUUUGAAUGGAGCAAAAAAACUAUUCCCGGAAAUGCUAGUCUCUUUACCACAAUCGGGAUAUUACAUGUAUUGUGCGAAGUACUCAAGUCUGGUCCUCUCAAGCUCAUACGAUCCAGAAUGCCUGAUUUUAUGGCCCUGACAAAUGCUUUGGAUGCGAGAGAAAUCUUAAUGAACAACACGCUCAUUCGAAAAUUCAAAACGAAACUCAUCUCCAGAGUAGGGCUCAGAUUACUCCCAGGAAGGGUCGGUGCACUGCGAGUGAAAGGACGCUUCUUGACCGAUGGCGGCCAUUCGCAGCAGUUUCAUGUAGAACAGGAAGAAGAUAUAGACGUUCCUGAAGAGGUAGAAGCGGUUCUGGAUCAAUUAUUUGCAGCGCUGCAGGACAAAGACACGCUUGUGCGCUGGUCUGCUGCCAAGGGUGUUGCCCGUAUAGCCGAACGCUUGUCUACAGAUCUCGCUGAUCAGGUCCUAGAAACGGUCUUGGGGCAUUUUGCUAUUCAUUCGGUCACUGCUGCAAGUUUAUACGACGUCCCUGCUAUAGCAGAGGCGACAUGGCAUGGCGCUUGCCUAGCUUGUGCAGAAAUGACCCGCAGAGGUAUCGUGCCUCCAGAAAGACUCGAAAAGCUUGUUGGAUGGUUAUCCAAAGCCCUAUACUUUGAUUUGCGUAAAGGCGCACAUUCGGUUGGCUCCAACGUUCGCGAUGCAAGUGCUUAUGGAUUAUGGGCCUUAGCCAGGUCGCAGGAAAUUUCAUCUCUUGCACCACUUGCAAGCGACCUGGCUCGUCAUCUGGUUACGGUAUCUCUUUAUGACCGUGAAGUGCAAAUUCGGCGAGCAGCCAGUGCUGGCUUCCAGGAAUUUGUCGGAAGAACGAGCCUUUUCCCCCAUGGGAUAGAUGUUCUACGUAAAACUGACUUCUAUGCCGUAGGAAUUCGACGAAAUUCAUUCCUUCUGGCGGCUCCUCAGGUAGCAGAGCAUAUCGAGUAUCGACCAUAUCUACUUGAUCAUCUGCUGAAUGUAACACUAAGGCAUUGGGAUAUAUCCAUGCGCCGCCUUGGGGCGCAAUCCCUGCGUCGUAUCUGUCUUACUGAUAUUUUAAUGUUUGGACCGGAAGCUAUUCAAAAAUGUGUGAAGCUUUUGCAAGCCAAUGACAAUUCUGACAUCCACGGCGGCUUAGCCGGCCUUACUGAAUUAACGAUGGCUUAUGAAGAGAUUCUCAGUGGUGAAAUCUUGGAAUCGAAGAAACGUGAAAUCUGGAAAUAUCUCUCUCACAUACCAGAAUCUACUCUGCUGGGCCCUCGCAAUGAAAUUGUCACUACUGCCGCUUGUGAUUUAAUGACCCAGACUAUUACAUCACAGGAGAUCAAGCUGGGAGCGAAAUCAUCUGUGCCGAACUGGAGUAAAAUUGUUGAAUAUGGGCUCAAGCAUCGAGAUAGGGCAGUACAAGAAUCCGCUACAGCCACUAUAGGCUCCAUGAGUAAACUGACUGACUUCAGGUAUAUUUUCUCUGUAACAUCCUUGUCUGAUGUUUUUGGAUUUACGUUGAUCAAAGAACUUAUCCAAGGGACAAACUCUCAGAGAAUCCUUGGACGUUUACUUGGAGUAAUUGAUUAUGAUACCUAUCCGAUGUGUCUGCCUCAAAGUCUUCGGGGGUUACUAGAGGGCGUCAACCGUUUGUCGGGUCCAUUCAAAAGCAAUGUGGAGGCUCGUCAGGCUUGCUUUGAAGCAAUGCCCAUUCUGUUGCAGAACACGGUCCCUCACUUGUCGUAUCAUCUUACUGUCGAGGACAUGUCGUCCAUUUUUGAUGCUUUGCUAGAUGGGCUUAACGACUACUCCGUCGAUGAGAGGGGUGACGUUGGGUCGUGGAUUCGGAUUGCAUGUGUCAAUGCACUAGGUACUAUUGCUGAAACAUUAAUGGCCAGGGCGAAGCACAUAGUACAUUUUGAGAGCUAUCUUCCUCCGCUCAAAUAUCACGAUUGUAUAGGGGGAAUACUGAAACAGGGAGUUGAACGUCUGGACAACGUACGACAAGAAUCUGGACGAACCUUUACUAAACUGCUCUCGCUAUCUCCCCCGGAUGUCGAUAAUUCGGAUCGUUGGAUUAUACACCGGUCAGAUUUUCUUCAAGGGUUGUUUGUCACCGGCGAGGAAACUGGAUGGAAUGACGCUAAUUGGCUCUUUCCCAAAGCCGUAAAAAUUUUGGACGUGGAGACUUACCGUAAACCUGUCCUCCUUGGACUUAUCACUAGUGUUGGGAGUUUGACCGAUAGCACGCACCGCCCCGUGUCUGCAAACUUGGUGUCAUAUGUACGGUCACUACCCCUACGAACAACGGAGCCACAUAGAUAUGAUCUGCUGAGCAUAGCGAAUGAUCUUCUUGAUUAUGCAAACGCGAAUUCCGCGGCAAAUUCUGUUGUAAUUCCUGUCUUCCAAGUUUUCAAUAUAUUAUUCGACGGAGAUGCAUUCCGUCUUCUUGAAGAAGCCGACGAGGGAAUUCAGUUUUUGCGGCGACUGUUCUCUAUGGUAUCUAGGUAUCCUGGUCGUAUCAAGAACAUCAAGAGGUUGCACCAAUCAAUGAAGGUUGUGGUACACCUUUUGUCGUUUAGAGAAUUGUAUAAAUCAUGCGUGGAAAUCCUGCCGAGCUUUUUGUCUCAUCAAUAUCCCAGUGUUCGUAGUGAGACCGCAGAGUUUCUGUACAUAUCAUUGCAGAGUAUGGAUUUCGUUGGAGACACUGAAGAGGUAGAGAACCUCCUGCUGGAGACUGAAUGGUGA